GUGGAAAAAUACUGGAACUUGUUUCUCUUUCGCAUGCGCCCUCCAUGACAAUCCAUACCUUGCUUUACAGCUAGGCGGGAGCAUAGAAAUAUUUUUUCCCUUCUGUAGACUCUUGAGCCGUAAAGUUGAGCGGCCAGGGCCGAGCAGGAGAGGAAAUGAGCCGCGUUUAGCGCCCUGUAUUUUGUUGAUCGCUGGUUCCGGUCUUAGCCGGCUUGCUCCGAUUUGUGUACAACACAUUAAGAAUACACCACGGAUAAGUGCAAGGCUCUUCACGGGCCAUAUUUACCAUUCCGCGGGCCGUCUGCCAAUCUUGUCAGCCUUUGUGCAUGUGACUGAUCAUGGCGCACGUUUUUCUUGAGCGCAAAGGCGCGGUGAUGCAUCAAAGUGCAAGUGUAAAGACCGUGUGCAAGUUUUUGCCGCCAGGUUGUUGCUCUAGUGUCAUUAGAAACAAAGGUGAGGGAGGUGAGGCCUCCAAACCAGCCAUUGCACCGGCACGGUUUGUCUACGGCAGUUCUGACAAGGGUUCUGGCAGUGAGCCAGCUUCAGACAGUGAGGACACCAAUGUUAGAGAGCACAUUGCAUCAUUCCCUCCAGAAUCAUCAAGUGUCCCACGAACGUUUGCAAUGAAGCAUGCACCCAACUAUGCCUCCCACAGAACAGUCUGGUCGUCUGGUUACACCUCAGACGAGAGCAGCUGUGACGGUCACGACUUUCACGGCGCGGCAAACCGUCCCUCCUUCCUCAGGCCGUCCCGUUUGUCCGCAACCCUGGCACACUCCACCGCCCCCUCCUCAUUUCCUUUAUUUGCGUCCGCUUCCGGUGUCGCACCAGGCUCUUCUGACACAAAACCUGUGAAAUCAGCUUUCAAGUUAAGGCCAGCAACUCUACAGGUACCUGGCGAGGCUGGAGUAAGAAAAGAUCCCCCAGAAGCUGAUAGCAACGGAGUAGACAAGCCAGUGGCCAAGGCUGAGGAGGACCCUCCAAGCUCCAAGCCACAACAGUCCAGGAAAAGAGCAAGCGAAUGUUCCGACGAUGAACAACAUCAAACAAAAAAGGCGAAGAAAGAAGAUUCUGGGCCUGAAACCCCGACUCCCGAGUCCACCACUGAUUCCACGGAGCAGGAGCCCAGGAGGAUAUUUGGGAUGUUCACUGGAACGUCUUCUGAAGAAGAGGACAGCAGGAAGGGGUUUAAGGAGUCUUCAGAACCUUCUGAUGCCGCACCACCCGAGAAUUACUUCUUACAGUUCCAGAACACUAAAAGUAAUGGUAGCAGUGCUGCAGAAGCUAGUACCACAGCUGCCCAGCCUGCCGAGCCUACUCCUGGCUUUGUCUUUGGGGAGAAACUGGAGGAGAGAGUGGUCACUACCCCGAAAACACAGUCUCCAGAGAAGGAGGAACCACCAAAUAAAGAAAAGGCUGAGAGUGAGGACCAUGAAAAUUACUUCCUGCAGUUCUCAGCAACAAGCUCUUUGGAAACGGCUACCACAACGUCACCGUCUACCCAGACGGCGCCGGUUACCACCACGGCCACGACGGAUGUGAACGCGACGCCCGCCGUCUUCGGUCAGAAGGCUCCGCCCCUCUGUACGGUCACCACGGUUUCGCCCACCAGCGGAGCCGCAGCCCCUUCCUUCAUCUUUGGUCAGAACAUGAAUGAAAGAGUUGUGAGCACGUGUGAAACAUCAUUGGACAAAGACAGGCAAUCUCUGUCUGACUCACACCCACAGAGUCCCGCGCCCGCCGAGGACGAACAGACGACCACGAGCGAGCCCACCAGCCCAAACUUCAGUGACCUCAGCAAGAAGUCCGUGGAGACAACUGCUACUAGUCCUGCUGAGUCAGCAACGAAACCUGACAACAAUGUCCAGCGGCUCUUGGAAUCAGCGGCCAGGUACCAGGAGUCACGUACGUCCUCCAUGGACUUCGCAGAGGUCGAGAAGGUCACUGGGGAGGAGGGAGAGAGAAACGUCAUGCAGUGUCAGUGUAGACUCUUCCUCUUCAACAAGACGAGCCAAUCGUGGCAGGAGAGGGGGCGGGGCUGUCUGCGGCUGAACGACCUCCCCACACAGGACGACGGGUCCUUCCAGUCUAGGAUGGUGAUGAGGAGCCAGGGUAGUCUGCGGCUGCUGAUGAACUGUAAGCUGUGGCCCCGCAUGGUAGUGGAACAGGCCAGCAAGAGGAGCGUCCGUGUCACCUGUAUGGACCAGGACAGGGUCAACGUGUAUCUUAUCAUGGCAAGCCCCAAGGAUGCCAGCCAGCUCUUCACUGCCAUUGAGUAUCGAGUGCAGAUAUUGAAAAGGAGGGAGGAGAGACAUGUACAGGUCCAGCCACAGUGUGAGGACAGUGUGGGCUCAGAACAGAUCACAGCAGCAGCUGAAGAUAGCAAUAGCAGUGUGGAGGACACCAAGAGAGUGGAGGGGGAGGUGCCAGAGGCAUCCGCAGAAUCUUCAGCUGCAGAUGCUGAGAAAGAAGCUGCCCCUUCUGGACCCCAGACCACAUCUCCAGCUGAAAAACAAGACUAGCUCCCACCAACCACCCUGUACAGCUAACACUUAGAAUAGCCAACUCUAGCCUAGACUUUUUUGGCGAUGCCUCAGUGGCGGAUCCAUAUUGUAUUCCUGGUGGUCUAACUUCUGUAACAAUAUCUCCAGAGUUUGUAAACCACGCAGCAGUGUAGUUAUAUAUAUAUAUUAAAAAAGUAUGAUUUUGUUUUUUGUACUUUUAUUUUACAAAGUUGUUUUCCAUGACUGGUGUACAUGAAUGUAGCAGUGGCAUUUUUGGCAUAUCUCUGUCUCAAGUUGCGAAUGUGCUGAAUAAAAAAACAAAUCAGAAGAAAUUCCUUGCAUUUUCUAGUUAUUCCAGAGUUGUGACUAACAAGUUUCAGAAAAAAAGUUAAAUGUCAUACUGAUUAGUAUCCCCCCUUAUCUCCUCUUUUGCAAACUGGAAUAAAAAGGAAGAUAACCAUCAUCCAUAUAAACUUGAGGAAAAGAACAGGUAGUAGUCAUAGCUUCUGUAUCUGUAUAGCCGGUAUGACUGCCCUUUGGCGUAACACACCAGCUUAUUCUCACAUAACAGCCAACACAUAGUUGUAAACAAAAUUGGGUAAACAAUUUCUUCAAAUAUUGAACUACAGCAAUGCACAGGAUUUUGACUCGUGCCAGUCUUUGUCAUUUAUCCCUAUUCUGUGAAUAGGCUAGAGUCAGUAUACCCACAUGAUACGGCCAUAGAACAACCUGCCAUCAAGCUUGACGUGUUUUUUCUCUCUAAGCACAUUAUGGAUUGGGUAAACAUAUGCAUUUUUCUUGCAAUAUCACAACUUUCCACACAAAUUUUCAGACGAGAUGUCCUUUGCAGAAGGAUAAUGGACACUAGUGCACUAUACCCCCUUUUCCCUCCAGACGUUUAAAAAACAAUCAGCCCUUAUUUUGAUGUCUAGUUUUUGAGUUACUGAUUGAUUUAGGCUGCACUGGAUAUCUACAUUUGAAGCUCACUCUUUGAUAGCCUUAUUUUACUUUACAUUGGAGUCAGCUUUCAUCAGCAAGCUAAGGUUUAUAUAAAUAUAUAUAUAUUAUAGAUAUAUACAUAUGUAUCAAUUGACUGAUAGUAUAUUUGUAUGACUCACACAUUCAAAGUUGUAUUUAGGUUGGCUUUGUAUCUAUUCUGGAAGCCAUUUUGCACACAUGUUAGGCGUAGACGUCUAGAUGAUACUUGAGAAAAUUAGAAAUGCAUCUUGAUGAAAAGAUGUUGAUGUCAAUUUGAGAUACAAGAUUUCAAUGUAUUGCUUAUUAUUAGGAAAAAAUAUUGCAAGGACUUCUGUGGGACUACUAGACCAUGGCAUUGUUGGAUAAGCUCGCUGUGUACAGUAACUUUUUUUUGUUGUUGUUGCUUAAGGCCACACCAAUUUAAUUUGCUGGUUAUGAAGUGACAGUGUAAAAAAAAA